AUGAAAACAAGCUUGAGACCGACCGCGGUAAUGGAGUGUAAGAGCAAAGCGUUUCAACAUAAAUCUUCUUAUGGGUGCGAUAACGACAUAAAUGGUGGAGAAAAGGUUGGUCAAAAACAAAACAUGAUGGGAGAUGAAAAAUCUGUACGAAUUAAACAAUUUCCUGGUCAUUUCCACAAGGAAUGA